GGCAAGGGGCUCCGCGGCGGCCCCGACCCCCGGCCACCAUCCUCACGCUUCUGCUCCCGCGGGGGCGAUGUCGCGGCCCGGGCCUCGAGCGCCGCCCCGGCCCCGGGGCUGAGCUCCGGACCAUGUCCUCCCGCAGCCCCCGGCCCCCGCCCCGCCGCUGCCGCCGCCGCCUGCCGCGCCCCUCCUGCUGCUGCUGCUGCUGCCGCCGCUCGCACCUCAACGAGGACACGGGCCGCUUCGUGCUGCUGGCGGCGCUCAUCGGCCUCUACCUGGUGGCGGGCGCCACCGUCUUCUCGGCGCUCGAGAGCCCGGGCGAGGCGGAGGCGCGGGCGCGCUGGGGCGACACGCUGCGCAACUUCAGCGCGGCGCACGGCGUGGCGGAGCCGGAGCUGCGCGCCUUCCUCCGGCACUACGAGGCCGCGCUGGCCGCCGGCGUCCGGGCCGACGCGCUGCGCCCGCGCUGGGACUUCCCCGGCGCCUUCUACUUCGUGGGCACCGUGGUGUCGACCAUAGGUUUCGGCAUGACCACCCCCGCCACGGUGGGCGGCAAGGCCUUCCUCAUCGCCUACGGGCUGUUCGGCUGCGCCGGGACCAUCCUGUUCUUCAACCUCUUCCUGGAGCGCAUCAUCUCGCUGCUGGCCUUCAUCAUGCGCGCCUGCCGCGAGCGCCAGCUGCGCCGCAGCGGCCUGCUGCCCGCCAGCCUCCGGCGCGGCUCGGGCUCGGCGCUGGCGGAGGCCGACGGCCUGGCGGGCUGGAAGCCCUCGGUGUACCACGUGCUGCUCAUCCUCGGCCUGUUCGCCGUGCUGCUGUCGUGCUGCGCCUCGGCCAUGUACACCAGCGUGGAGGGCUGGGACUACGUGGACUCCCUCUACUUCUGCUUCGUCACCUUCAGCACCAUCGGCUUCGGGGACCUGGUGAGCAGCCAGCACGCCGCCUACCGGAACCAGGGGCUCUACCGCCUGGGCAACUUCCUCUUCAUCCUGCUCGGCGUGUGCUGCAUCUACUCGCUCUUCAACGUCAUCUCCAUCCUCAUCAAGCAGGUGCUCAACUGGAUGCUGCGCAAGCUGAGCUGCCGCUGCUGCGCGCGCUGCUGCCCGGCGCCCGGCGCGCCCCUGGCCCGGCGCAACGCCAUCACCCCGGGCUCGCGGCUGCGCCGCCGCCUGGCCGCGCUCGGCGCCGACCCCGCGGCCCGCGACAGCGACGCCGAGGGCCGCCGCCUGUCGGGCGAGCUCAUCUCCAUGCGCGACCUCACGGCCUCCAACAAGGUGUCGCUGGCGCUGCUGCAGAAGCAGCUGUCCGAGACGGCCAACGGCUACCCGCGCGGCGCGUGCGUCCACACGCGCCAGAACGGCUUCUCGGGCGGCGUGGGCGCGCUGGGCAUCAUGAACAACCGGCUGGCCGAGACCAGCGCCUCCAGGUAGACCGCCGGGCCGCGCCCCGGACCCCGGACCCCGGACCCCGGCCGGGCCGGCGGGCCCCCGCCGCCGCCCGCCUUCCUUCUCGCAGACGCUGGCGCUUUCUUA